GGCUGGGAGCGGGCCGGGAGGCUUAACCCCGCUCCGGCCGGGAGCCAUGCCCGUGGGGAACGGCACGGGCACCUCCAGCCGCCCGGAGCCCGCGGCGGCCGAGCAGGAGGUGCCGGGCGAGCGGCCCCUCUUCAGCGCCGGUACCUACGAGUUGCUGGCGCUGCUGGUCGCCACCAUCGGCAUGCUGGGCUUGUGCAACAACUUGCUGGUACUGGUGCUCUACUACAAGUUCAAGCGGCUCCGCACGCCCACCAACCUCUUCCUCGUCAACAUCAGCCUCAGCGACCUGCUGGUGUCCGUCUUCGGCGUGAGCCUUACCUUUAUGUCCUGCCUGAGGAGCCGCUGGGUGUGGGACGCCGCCGGCUGCGUCUGGGACGGCUUCAGCAGCAGCCUCUUCGGAAUUGUUUCCAUUAUGACUCUCACUGCUCUUGCCUAUGAACGCUACAUUCGGGUGGUCCAUGCAAAAGUGAUUGACUUCUCUUGGUCUUGGCGGGCUAUCACGUACAUCUGGCUGUACUCACUGGCCUGGACUGGAGCCCCUCUUUUGGGCUGGAACAGAUACACACUGGAAAUUCAUGGGUUAGGUUGCUCGGUGGACUGGAAGUCAAAAGACCCCAAUGAUACCUCCUUUGUGCUCCUUUUUUUCCUUGGCUGUCUAGUAGCACCUGUUGGGAUCAUGGCCUAUUGCUAUGGCCAUAUUCUGCAUGCAGUAAGAAUGCUUCGCUGUGUAGAAGAUUUCCAGACAGUUCAAGUGGUCAAACUUCUAAGAUAUGAAAAGAAGGUGGCUAAAAUGUGUUUCUUGAUGAUCUCCACGUUCCUUAUUUGUUGGAUGCCCUAUGCAGUGGUCUCCCUCUUGAUAACAUAUGGCUACAGCAACCUUGUAACUCCAACAGUAGCUAUCAUCCCAUCUUUCUUUGCCAAGUCAAGCACUGCUUAUAAUCCAGUUAUCUAUAUCUUCAUGAGUAGAAAGUUUCGACGCUGCCUUUUGCAACUCCUGUGCUUUCGCCUGAUGAGAUUCCAGAGGACAAUGAAAGAGACACCAGCAACAGGGAGUGACAAACCAAUACGACCCAUAGUUAUGUCUCAGAAAGCAAGAGACAGGCCAAAGAAGAAAGUGACUUUCAGCUCUUCCUCUGUCAUUUUUAUUAUCACCAGUGAUGACACCGAGCAAAUAGAUGACAGCAGUAAACACAAUGAGACAAAAGUAAAUGUCAUCCAAGUAAAGCCAUUGCAGGGAUGAGCUGAAGAGACAUGGGAAUGAGAUGGGUUUCAGCCACUGGACUGUUGAGGCUGGAGACUGGUUUCAAGGGCAGUGUCUGUGGGCUGCCAAAGGAAACCACAUUCUUAAGCUGUGAAAUAUGGAAGGGAUUCAGCAUCUGAAGCUCUCCAAGUAGUUCACUUUUGGUCACAGUACGGAAAUUUCUGCUAAAAUUGUUGAUGGAUGUCAUUACUUUGAAUAUUCUAAUGCAUAUUUUAUGAAUGCCGUUCAGAACUUUUGGUAUUUUAAUGUUUUCUGUAUAUUGAGCCUUCAGUGAAAAAUUAAAUGGAUCUUAUUUAUAUAAUUUUGUUCUCAGUGAAAUAUUUUUUCCCCACCAAAUGGGACAUGAUCUGAUAUUGUAGCUUGUUGGAUACAGCUUGAAGGGAAGUACUAAGACCUGAGAAAACUAUAGUAUUUCAGUGUUUCAGUUGGCCUUUCUAAAGAUCAAGCAGAGAGUUUGUAAAAAGAAAUUACCCACUGUUCAUAUUUAUGAAAGUAAAAUUUGACUAAUUAACAAUAACAGUGUGUGAUUCUUUAUUAGUUGAUGUACAACAUAUUUACCACACUGACAAUCAUG